AUAUACUAAACAAAAUUAGUCACUAUAAAAGAAAAAAAUUACCCUAUAUAUAAUAAGAAGCUAGAUCCAAUUAGUGUAUGCAUGCAUUGCAAAUCAAUUCCAAUAGUACUAAUUACUAAAUGGAACUUCAAAAGCUUUCACUUUUUGCAUUUUUGUUACCAAUUCUAAUAACAACCCAAGUAUUUGCUGAUGAUUGCACUUGUGAAACUGAAGAAAUCGCUGGCAACAAAAACAAAGCUCUCGAGUUCAAGCUAAUCGCGCUUGUUUCCAUUCUCAUUGCUGGUUGCAUAGGUGUUUCUUUACCCUUUGCGGGCAAAGUUGUCCCUGCCUUACGUCCAGAGAAAUACAGUUUCUUUGUAGUGAAAGCAUUUGCCGCAGGUGUAAUAUUAGCAACUGGUUUUAUUCAUAUACUUCCUGAUGCUUUUAAGAACUUAACUUCCCGUUGUUUGAAAGAGCACCCAUGGAGGGAUUUUCCCUUCACGGGGCUUGUGGCGAUGGUGGCCACUAUUGCAACGUUGUUGUUCGAGACUUUGUCUACCGCAUAUCAACAAAGGGUUCAGACUGAAAUUGUAGCUAAACUCGUGGGAAGUGGCGGCGAUGAAGAAAAUAAGGGUGGCAUUGUUGGUGCACAUAUGCAUACUAGGCAUGUACAUUCUCAUGGAUCAAUGUUGCAAAUUGAUAAUUCUGAAAUCCAUCGCUAUCGAAUUGUUUCACAGGUAUUAGAGCUGGGAAUCAUCGUUCAUUCCGUGAUUAUAGGGCUGUCUUUGGGUGCUUCCAAAAGCCCGAAAACCAUAAAACCACUCAUUGUCGCGUUGUCAUUUCACCAAUUCUUUGAAGGACUGGGUCUUGGUGGAUGCAUUUUUCAGGCGGACAUCAAUUCACUGGCUGUUACGCUCAUGGGAACGCUUUUUGCCUUAACAACUCCGGGUGGGAUUGUGAUUGGAAUACUGGUAAGCAACACAUAUGAUGAAAACAGUCCUACCGCCCUUAUUGUGCAAGGCGUAUUGAAUGCUGCAGCCUCUGGAAUUUUGAUUUAUAUGGCACUUGUGGACCUUCUUUCGCCGGAUUUCAAGAAUCCAAGGAUGCAAAACAACAAAAUUCUUCUUGUUGUUUCGAAUGUUUCCCUUCUACUUGGUGCCGGUCUUAUGUCUCUCUUAGCUAAGUGGGCUUGAAGUGUAGCAACACGCCCACACAUAUAUAUGCAAUACAAAAAUUGUGUAUCCUUACAACUUUUUGGGACUACAUAUAUCAAUACUAGUCAUAUUGAAUAUAUCAAUAUCAA